CCACUGUGCAGGGGAGGACGGGGGAGGCCGCAGCCUCGCCUCACUCACCACCCCAGGGGCACCCACUGGGACCCCACGGGGACCCGCAGCGCACCGCUGGCUGGUCGGCCUCGGCCUCAUCCCCUCCCUUCCCUUCCUGAGCUCGAGGACGCCGAGGACACAGCAGCCAACAAGAUGCUCUUCCCCACAUCCUCGCCCAGUGCCCACGGCCUCCCCAGUGCCGGCGACCUGUGCCUUGGUCUGCAGGCCCUCAGCUUCAGGGGCUGGGAACAGCCCUGGAGCACCCAGGACUCUGACUCUUCAGCCUCAAGCAGCUCACACCCCGUACUUGGCAUGCCCCAGGUCCCACUGGGCAAUGCCCUGGGGAAGUCCCCCUUGAGUUUCCGGCCUCUGGAUCCCCUGGGAUUGGAUGUGGCCAAGUUCCCGUCUCCCACUGUCCGUGGGGCCCACCUGGACUCACGCUGUAGCAGCCCCUCUGACUCGGACACCACCAGCAGCUUCAGCUCUGGCUCCGACUACUUCUCCGAUCUCAUUUCCAGCCUCCGCAUCUCCCCGCCUCUGCCCUUCCUGUCUCUGACUGGGGGUGGUCCCAGAGACCCCUUACAGAUGAGGGUUGGAUCCCGGAUGGACCAGGAGUUAGCCGCGACCACCGCUGUCACGCCCUCCUCCUCCAAUGCAUCCAAGAGGUGGCCUGGAGCGUCCAUGUGGCCCUCCUGGGAGCUCCUGGAGGCACCUAAAGACCCCUUCAACAUAGAGCGGGAGGCCAGGCUGCACCGCCAGGCUGCAGCUGUGAAUGAAGCUACAUACACCUGGAGCGGGCAGCUUCCUCCACGUAACUACAAGAACCCAACCUACUCCUGCAAGGUGUUUCUGGGAGGCGUCCCCUGGGACAUCACGGAAGCUGGGUUGGUUAGCACCUUUCGUGUGUUUGGUGCUCUGACUGUGGAGUGGCCUGGUAAGGAUGGCAAGCACCCGCGGUGCCCGCCCAAAGGCUAUGUAUACCUGGUCUUUGAGCUGGAGAAGUCGAUCCACGCCCUGCUGCAGGCCUGCUCCCAUGACCCGCUGAGCCCUGACAGCCUGAGCGAGUACUACUUCAAGAUGUCCACCCGCAGGACCCGCUGCAAGGAGGUCCAGGUGAUCCCCUGGGCUGUGGCCAACAGCAGCUUUGUGCGGAGCCCAUCCAUGAGGCUGGACCUCAGCAGGACUGUGUUCGUGGGUGCACUGCAUGGCAUGCUCAACGCAGAGGCACUGGUGGCCAUCUUCAAUGACCUUUUUGGAUGUGUGGUGUACGCCAGCAUUGACACCGACAAGCACAAGUACCCCAUUGGGUCCGGACGUGUGACUUUCAGCAACCAGCGCAGUUACCUGAAAGCCGUCAGCGCCGCCUUUGUUGAGAUCAAAACCACCAAAUUCAACAAGAAGAUCCAGAUCGACCCUUACCUGGAGGACUCCUUGUGCCAGAUCUGCAGCUCCCAGUCUGGCCCCUUCUUUUGCCGGGACCAGGUGUGCUUCAAGUACUUCUGCCGGAGCUGCUGGCACUGGCAGCACAGCAUGGGCGGUCUAGGUCACCACAGCCCCUUGAUGCGGAACCAGAAGAACCGGGAGUCGAGCUAGGAGAGCUGGUCUGGCCAGAGGCCCACGCACCCUAAGCCGGCCGGCUGGGCAGCAGCCUGCAACCCUGCAUGGUGACCAGGGAGCUGCUUCCUGAAGACAAGGGAAAACCACAGUCACCUUUGCACUUUCUGAGUCUUUGUUUCUGCACUAAGUAAUGCACAAUGAGUUUUGUCAGGUUUCUUUUAGGGGCUGUGCCAGAGCAAGCGCCCUCAGGCUCACCCUCCAAGUGACUCUGUAGUUCCCAGAUUUUAGUUCCUCAUUUUGCCAAUGAAAAGCAAAAAAAAAAAAAAAAAAAAAAAAAAAAAAAAGAACUAUGUGUCCAGGAGGAGCCGCCAUGAUGCCUCUUUAUUGAAAGCGCUUUUUACAUUUGUUGCGAUCCUGGCGGUGACGUCGGCCUCCCUGCCCUCGUUCUGCGGUCGCCAUACAGUGCCUUUCCAUUGAUUUACCCCCACCUGGACGGCAUAAACUGAGUGUUCAGCUGGUGUUUUUUACUGUAAACAAGGAAACUUUGCUCUUUAUUUAAACCAAAACCAUUUCAUAUUUUGCGCUCAAGGGUUUUUACUGGUCCCUUUUACACUCCUUAAAAGUUUUUCAGUCGUUCAGAACAAGAGAUUUUUUUUUUUCUUUCCGGGUGGCUUUUAACAUUGCACCUUUGAGUCUGGGGACUGCAGGUCACUGUCUCAGGCUGCAGAUCACGGCAUUUGCAACCAAAAAAGAAAAUGGGUUUGAAACUGGUUAGGCUGGCAGGGGUGUGAGCGACUGUACAUAGUCUUACUGGUUUACUGCACUAUCUUCAGUUGCACCUGCGGGGGUGGGGGGGAGGUUGGGGGAAGGUUGGUCAGAUGUUUUUAAUCACAGAGUGACAGGACUAAUUUCUUUUGUAAUUGAGCUACAAAGGGCUGCUUUUUAUUAGGGGCAGGUGAAGCUCAGAGGAUGGCCGAGUGCCCUUCCAGACUGUUCCCCGAGCGAGCAUCGCACGGAGCAACAGUUAUAGGCAUUGAAACGUGACUGGAAGAUGAAAACUUGAUGUUUCCUUUUUAUUUUAAUCUUGUUUAAUCAAACCGACUUGCCCCUAUGGGAAGCUGUGUGCCAAAGAACCGUGUAGCCCUCCCCACGCCGAGCUGCCGUCCCUGCGUACCCCACUGCUCUGGGCCCUGUAAAGCUGUGUGGAGUCUCUACCUCACUGUAGCGCCUGCAGCAUGACUGCGCCCUACACACGUGUGGAGUGAGCUGUGGUGGUGGUGGUGGUCUGGGUACAUAAUAAACACGUUGCAGCAGAA